AUGUUUUUAGACCACGCACCGUCCGCCUUUGUGUUUACGUCCGUGGACGCGCAACAUUCGCCACCGCCUGCACUUCCUCCUCGUUUGUCGGCCUCGACUACACCUGCCGCUAUGUCAAAUAACGAGCAACUCCGAGUUGUGCUUGAUAGACCGCCGAGCGAGUCUAAUUCGCCAACAGUUCGUUUAUCAGUGCCGUUACCACCAGCUUUACCGCCUCGUCGCGGUACAGCGGCUCAACAAACCCCGCCUCCUUUGCCACCGAAAACGCGUAUGACCAGCAGCCCGUCAUUACAACGUGCGGCUGUGCCACCACCAUCAUCACCGGACACACCGCCACCGUUGCCACCGAAGACCUAUAAGACGCGAAAAUCGAACGACAGUCCGACGACGUCACCACAUAUGUGA